AUGAACAGCGGCCGUCCACGACAAAUAGCAAGUUGCGUCAACUGCCGGAGCCGCAAGGUCAAAUGCGAUCGUCAGAGACCGUCUUGCUCGCGAUGCAUCAAACACAAACAGUCAUGUUCGUACUUUGAUGGACGAGAACUAGAGGUUCCAGGACGAAGGGUUCCCGUGGAGGUACGAUUGAGCCAACCGUCUCCGUCUUUGGUUUCGGGAUUGGCUCUGCCAGGGUACUAUUAUGGGUAUCCCGGGCAAGGGCAACCGGGUUUGGGAAUGCCAGGUCAGGGUUCUCCAGGGUCAGGAGUGCCACGUGACCCAAGGGUAGGGCCAGGAUCACCACAGGGUGUGCCACAAGGACUGGGGCAGUCUCCAGGACACCCUCCAGGGCUAGGACAAUCUCCUGGACACGGACAGCCGGGGAGUGGGCAGUCGUCUAAUCUAGGCCACAUGCCUGGAUCCGGUCCGUCUCCUUCCCAGCCUCCCCAAUCUCCCCUGGUUGCUUCGAACACCCCUGGAAGAUUGGUCAAGGAUGACAGUGGGAUUCUCCACUACUCGCAGUCCUUCUUCUCUUCGGUUCUACAGUCCAACACACCUGUCAAGUCGAUGGAAGGCGAGGCUUCAGGGGUUCCGUUCUUUUGUAAACCGGGACAACCUGAUCCAAACACUCCUCCGGCGCAACUACCUAUUCCAAGGCACGUGAUCACAACGCUUUUGACCACCUACAUCAGCGACAUACACUCUGUGAUUCGAAUCGUUGACUUGGUGCAAUUCCAUAAGGAUCUGACGGAGUACUUUGCCGAACCCAAAACAGCCACGCCCGACAGAAUGGCAAUGUUGUAUGCCAUGCUGUUUUUCGCAGCAGACGUCUACAUUAAGCUGAACGAGGGGGCCCAGAGUCAAGACAAUGGAAGCAUGGAACAUUCGGGGUUGGGGAAAUUAAGAGGCAUGGAAUUGUCGGGUUCCAAGGCUGGAAGUGGAGGUAGCUCGGACGUUAGUAUUAAGACAUGGGUAGAGUGGAAAAACAAGCUCUAUACCGCAGCUACCAAUACUUUGAUCCAUUCUGAAUAUACCUUGAAGCCCUCGUUCAAUGCCCUCAGAGCCCAUAUUCUUCUCCUUUACUGUUCAGUAGGAGAAACUCUUACCAGAGGAGCUGGUCUGGUUGAAUUGCCUAUCCUCAUCCGUCUAGCUCAGUCGAUAGGUCUACAUCGAGAUGCUAGCAAUUUCCCAGGCAUGUUUACCUUUGCCGAGUGUGAAAUGCGACGUAGAACGUGGAUCUAUAUCCAACAUUUGGACUCAUUCUAUUCUCGAUCGUUUGGAUUGGAGCCUAUGGUGAAUGAUAAAAUGUUCGAUACCCGUUUCCCUCUUCUUGUGGACGACGAAGACCUCCAUGAGGGAAUCUACAAGGACAAAUAUGAUGCGGGAACGCUUCACGAGUCGAGUCAUGUGGUCUACGAUGGGCUCUACUGGCCCAAGAUUCCGGAGAAGAUGGCUUGGAAUGAUAUGUGUCAAAGCGCAAUUCACACAUCCACCCCAGUCAUGUUCAGACGACUGUACCAGAGACUGGUGAUGUGCAAUCCACGUGAUUUGUCACGUGAUCUGGCCCUUUUGGAUCAUGUGAGAGGUUUCCACGAGCGGUUGUUUGAAACUACUUCUCACUGUGACAGUCGGAGUCGGCGAACCGCCUUCUGCAUGUCCCGAUUGGUCAACUCCAGAUGUCUCAUUUAUCUCUACACGCCAUAUCUUUCACGAAAAGAAAAACCAGGUGAAUUGUUAUCUUCUCCGGACUCACGUGACUCUCGCGAUGCACUCAGGGAGCAUAUCUUCACGACCUCUCUCUUGUCUCUUGAGUACGCGCUCGAAAUGACGCUCUCGCCUUAUUAUGUCAACCAGCAGUGGUUCUCACGUAAAUACACGCAGGUGGAGCACCUGCUCUUUCUGUUGACUAAACUGAAACUUGAUCCCAACUGGAGCCAACAGAAGCGGGCCUGGCAGCUCGCAUGUCGAACAUGCGAAGCCUACACAAAGGGCUACUUUGCGGACUCGUCUUCCAAAGGCUGGCAUGCGUGUAUUAAGCUGAGAGACAUUGUGAGUCGCACUCUGGGGCUUGAAAUUGAUUUGGGUAAGGAACAGUGGCCGUUGAGUGUGGAAUACGAGGGCACACGCAGAAAGGAGGCCUCGAAGGACUCGCUGUCGAGUAUUCGUGGUUUUGCCGCAUUUCAAGCUACUAAUUCACGUGACGCUGUGGAAUCUCGUGAAAGUGGACUUCGAAGCAGUCUCGGUGGUGGAUUCAACGGAGUCAAGGUCGAGGAUCGUGAGCCAUGUGCUGACUCACGUGAGGCUGUGGCUGAGCCAGCAACUGGCCCUUCAACUACAGGGCCUACCAACAAUCCCAGUGAUGUGGACAAGAAGGUGACUGAUUCUGCGUUUGCAGCUGCCAUGGAGACGGCCAACGACCCAAGCCAUGUAUCGCAGCCGGUCACUAUGGAGACGGACAUGUCGUUUUCGCUGAACCCGACCGACAUUCUCGAUUCAAACCUCUUUGGUGCGUUUCCCCUGGGAGAGACCAGCGUCAGAGAUGAUUGGACGCAGGAGUUGGGUGGAGACUUGGACUGGAGUGAGUGGGACAAGAUGGUUCAUUUCAUUAGAGGACAGUAA